CUCUGCCUGUUCCCGUAGAUUCCUCCUUUCCCAUGUAAACUGUGUCUUUGUUAUACUACCAUUACGGCAUUACACAACAACCUGCCCAGAAGACCAAUCGCACAGUCCGUAUUGGUCACGACUUGCAAAUCUGAACCAAGAGAGUGCUGCGAUCCCCAACUUCUACCUGCCUAGCCAGCAAGAUACCAGCCAUCUUCCCCGCCCUUCCGUACAGGCUGAAGAGCUAAAAAGAGAACCGCUUACGGACCGCUGGAACCUCCUUGCUCGAUCCGAACUUCUGGCUAGAUCCGACCGAGUCCGCUGACUGUAACCCCCCGAAACUUUGGCCUGUCCAAAUCCCCGUCCGUUGUCGGUGUACCCAGACAGCGGUUUGCAAGGCUGCAUCAAAUCAACCGAAGAGAGUCCGUUCCAGGCCUCGCCGCAAAGGAUUUUGACAUACCUCUACCGAAACCGCCUCAGAUACAAAACAGACAAGAUGGCGCCUGCCUCGACUUUAUUGCGCGCUGCCGCUCCCGCUCCUCACGCCCACACUUCCUUCCCCUCCCACCACACACCAACGUCAUCGCCAAAUCGCACAACCAUCACCAACACCAACCCUAGUGCCAACUCCACCUCUUCUACUCCCCUCCACCGAAUCCAGACCAUCGCCAAACACAUGGCGCUGCCACAAAUAACAAGUUUCCCCGCCGAGGUGGUACCUCAAGCCCCCGAGGAUCCUCUCUUUGGGUUGGCGAGAGCGUUCAAGGCGGACCCAAGUCCCCAAAAAGUUGAUUUGGGCAUCGGCGCGUACAGAGAUGAGAAUGCGAAGCCGUGGGUAUUACCAGUUGUCAAGAAGGCCGAUGAAAUUAUACGAAAUGACCCUGAAGCCAACCACGAAUAUCUCCCCAUCGCCGGUCUCGCUUCCCUAACCAGCAAAGCCGCCGAGCUCGUUGUCGGUGCCUCUGCUCCCGCCAUCACUGAGGGGCGCGUCGCCUCGAUCCAGACCAUCUCCGGCACUGGCGCCUGCCAUCUCGGCGGUCUCUUCCUCUCGCGCUUCUACAACCCAUACGGCGACGCUUCCAAGAAGCCCACCGUCUACCUCAGCAAUCCAACAUGGGCCAACCACAACCAGAUCUUCUCCAACGUCGGCCUCCCCAUCGCCCAAUACCCUUACUUCGACCAGAAGACCAAGGGCCUCGACAUUGACGGCAUGAAGAAGGCCCUCUCUGACGCCCCCGAGCGCUCCAUCAUCCUCCUCCACGCCUGCGCCCACAACCCUACCGGCGUCGACCCUACGCUCGCCCAGUGGCGCGAGAUCGCCGAGAUCAUGGCCGCCAAGGGCCACUUUCCCUUCUUCGACACCGCCUACCAGGGUUUCGCUUCGGGCGACCUCGACCGGGACGCCUCCGCCAUCCGGCUCUUCGUCGAGCUCGGUUUCGAGCUCGUAGUCGCCCAGUCCUUCGCCAAGAACUUUGGUCUCUACGGGCAACGCGCUGGCUGCUUCCACUUCAUCUCCGCUCCUUCGCCCGACGCUGCGUCCAUAACCACCCGCGUGGCCUCGCAGCUCACCCUACUCCAGCGCUCCGAGAUUUCUAACCCGCCCAUCUACGGCGCCAAGGUGGCUUCGAUCGUCCUCAACGACCCCGCGCUCUUCGCCGAGUGGAAGGAGAACCUGCGUACCAUGUCGGGCCGCAUCAUCGACAUGAGGAAAGCUCUGCGGGCAAAGCUCGAGGAGCUGGGCACCCCGGGCCCGUGGAACCACAUUACCGACCAAAUCGGCAUGUUCUCAUUUACCGGGUUGAACGAGAAGCAGGUGGCUAAGCUCAGGGAGGAGUUCCACAUCUACAUGACCAAGAACGGCCGCAUCAGCAUGGCCGGUCUAAAUAAGAAGAACGUAGAUUACGUUGCCAGGGCGGUGGACAAGGUUGUCAGGGAAGUGCAAUAGAGGAUGCCUCACUCUUUGCUUUCUUUUCUGCUCUAGGUCUUUCCUGUUUCUUGGUCAUUACUCUUACUCUUUUCUUGUUUUCUGCUAUUCCCUUUUCGUUGACGAAUAAGCGGUUAUCGGGUGGUCAUGCUGUAUGUCUGAAUGGGGAUUAGCAAGAUUACAGCGAUCCUCUCUUAUCAUCAGUGACGGGUUUAUUUGCUGGUCUGUUAUUGAAGGUGUUAUAUGGUAACGAGGUCGAGGUCUAAGAUGCCUCCCCCAUGGGUACUACUUGCUGCUGAAUGGACGGGAACAGCAACGGGGAAAACUACCUAUCGAUGGGGAAAAACAUCGAUGGGAUAGAGGGCACAUACUAAUUCACGUGCCCGAAUGGUUAAUCAAAAAUACUUGUUCUCUUUGUUUGGUCCUUGCUGGACUUUCUGAAUCCCCCAAGCUCUUGUCCCUUUUCUUAUUCCAUUUUUCUUAUGUGAUAUUCUUCGUUAUGGAUGUGACUGGUACUGUAAAGCGUUUGGGGUUCCACUCCGCCCGCGCCUGUUAGAAAGUAAACAAAUCGCGUUCGAUGAUAUCCACAACUGACUGAGUACGGGGCGGCGGGUAUCACCACCAUAGCGCGCCACCUGUGUGGUAGAAAAAGGAUCUCUAGGGAUGAUACAUAAUUGUAAAAAGC